AGGAGGAGGAGCUCCCAGCAGGAGGCCAGCUGCUCCUCCAAACACAGGAGGGAGGAGGAGGAGGAGGAGGAGGAGGAGGAGAAAGAGGAAGAGGAGGAGGAAGAGGAGCCUCCUGCUGCUGUUCUUCCCCGGAGGGACUCGGACCGUGGAGGCAUCAAGACUUCCUCUCUUUUCAAACACAACCCAGAAAUCCCCAACCUGCACAGGCCGGUCGUCUCUCAGCUGAAGGAGGAAAUCUUUACAACUGAUUCGUUUUCAGAGUUGGAACUGCAUCCUCACCUGGUGGCAACGCUCAACAAAGUCCUGAAUGUUUCUACUAUGACCAGUGUGCAGAGACAGGCCGUCCCGGUUCUCCUGUCAGGACGAGACGCUGUGGUUCGCUCUCAGACGGGUUCAGGGAAGACCCUGAGCUUCGCGGUUCCGCUGGUCCAGAACCUCCAGAGUCUCCAGCCGAAGACCAGCAGGUCCGACGGUCCGCUGGCUGUUAUCGUGGUUCCGACCCGGGAGCUGGCCCUGCAGACCUUCCAGACCUUCCAGAAGCUCCUGAAGCCGUUCUCCUGGAUCGUUCCGGGGGUUCUGAUGGGAGGAGAGAAGAGGAAGUCGGAGAAGGCCCGGCUCCGGAAAGGAAUCAACGUUCUGGUGUCCACUCCGGGACGCCUGGUGGACCACGUCCAACACACCCUGAGCCUCGGCUUCAGCGCCGUCCGCUGGCUGGUGCUGGACGAGGCCGACCGGACCCUGGACCUGGGCUUUGAGAAGGACCUGACUGAGAUCCUGAACAGUCUGAACCGGGCCGGUUCUCCUCGGCAGAACGUUCUGCUGUCGGCGACUCUGACUCACGGUGUGACCCGGCUGGCCGACAUCUGUUUGAAGGACCCGGUCAGCGUCCAGGUGUCCGUCCCCGGGUCCGCCCCCGCCCCCGCCCCCGCCCCCGUCCCCGUCCCCGUCCCCGCCCGGUCCGGUCCGGAGGGCUUCGCCGUGCCGGCGGCCCUGCAGCAGUGGGUUCUGCUGGUUCCCAGCAAGCUGCGCCUGGUGUGUCUGGCUGCCUUCAUCCUGGACCGGUUCCGGCGUUCCCACGACAACAAGCUCCUGGUGUUCGUGUCCAGCUGCGAGGCGGUGGAGUUCCUCCACGGACUCUUCACCGCCGUCCUGUCGGCCAAUCGCGGGCUCCGCUUCCUGCGUCUCCACGGCAACAUGAAGCAGGAGGAGCGCUCCGACGUCUUCCAGCAGUUCCUGGAAUCUCAGAGUGGAGUUCUGCUGUGUACGGACGUCGCAGCCCGGGGUCUCCAUCUUCCUCAGGUCACCUGGAUCAUUCAGUACACUCCUCCCACGGCGGCGGCCGAGUACGUCCACCGCGUCGGCCGCACGGCUCGCAUCGGCGCGGCAGGAAGCAGCGUCCUCUUCCUCACGCCGACGGAGACGCCCUUCAUCACCGAGCUGGCCAAUCACAACAUCAGCCUAUCAGAGAUGAAGCUGCAGGACGUUCUGGUGACCCUGAUGAUGGACGACACCUACAAGGGGCGGGGCAAGUAUCACAGCAAGAGUUCCUCCAAAGCUCUGGAGCAGGACGUCCGUGAGCGAGCCACCGUUCUCCAGACAGAGUUUGAGAACUUCGUCCACUCGAACGCCGCCACGCUGCAAAAGGCCAAAAGAGCGCUGCAGUCCUUCCUGCGGGCCUACACCACCUACCCCGCUCACCUCAAACACGUCUUCCACAUCCGCUCGCUCCACCUGGGACACACCGCCAAAAGCUUCGGCCUGCGAGACGCUCCACAGGGCCUGAGCCGGGCCGGGGGCCAGAACCGGGACCAGAACCGGGAUCAGAACCGGGGAAAGAACCAGAGGAGCGGGAAGAAAAGGUUCCGUCCCGGUCAGAUGGACCAUUUGCUCCGCUCUGAGUUCUCCAGCGGCCUGGAGGGAGGAGACGCCUGGAGGAAGAAGAAGAAGAAGGAGAAGAAGAAGAAGGAGUAGAAGAGGCGGAGGGGGGGGGGGGGGGGGGGGGGGGGGGGGGCAGUCUGACCGGAACCGGCCCAGACGUCUGGAUCAGGGCCGUCAGUCUGGCAGGUUUGGAACAGAACGGGAGAACAGGCUGAUGGAGACGGAACCGGGUUUGGGGUUCGGGUCUCCAGAAGCUGCAGGUUCUCUCCAGGUUCUCUCCAGGUUCUCUCCAGGUUCUAAGCAGAACGUUGGGUUGAUCAGCUGUCACACUUUGAGUAUUUGUUUCUUAUUAAAAUGUGUUUUUGGAACCAAACGUUUCCUCGUCUUCAGGUUCUCUGCUCAGUCCGGUCCAGGGAGGACAUGUGGGACGGGUCUCUCUGAUCGUCUUCAGGUUCUCUGCUCAGUCCGGUCCAGGGAGGACAUGUGGGACGGGUCUCUCUGAUCGUCUUCAGGUUCUCUGCUCAGUCCGGUCCAGGGAGGACAUGUGGGACGGGUCUCUCUGAUCGUCUUCAGGUUCUCUGCUCAGUCCGGUCCAGGGAGGACAUGUGGGACGGGUCUCUCUGAUCGUCUUCAGGUUCUAAGAGAGGACCAAGAACGUUCUCCUGGAUGGAAUGCUGCUGUUCUCCUCCAGCUGGAGGGAACGGUCGUCAUGACGACGGGCUCAGACAAGAACAGUGCGGCUGUUUGAAAACUUGGACUCCGUCUCCGUGGAAACGGGAAACAGUUCCUGGGUCUGGACCUGCUCCUGGUCCCGUUGUUCUCCGUGUUCUCCCACUGUUUGCAGCGGUCCGACCCUGAAGCAGAACCGGCAGAACGCCUGGUUCUGCUUCAGGGUCUGGAUGACAGUCGGUCCUGGUGGAGAGGGGACGGUCCCGGUCCCAGUGGCUCCUGUGGACCCCCCUGUUGACUUGGACCCACAAGACAGAGUGGACCCCCCUGCUGACCUGGGCCCAGAGGACAGACUGGACCCCCCCUGUU